GGGGUGACGGCAGUGCGCCGAUAGAUGCGGUCCUGGCCGGCCGCACAGGGAUCAUGUUGGGUACCAUGAUGUAUCCAAGUGUGGAGGACGCUACCCUGGAGGACAUGCGCGUCCCGCCGAUCCAACUCGAGCACUUGCCCGAGGUGUUUCUAUCUAGUAUCCCGAAAUGCGGCGGCUGUCAUGAGAUGAUAGUGGACCGCUAUGUGCUGAAGGUGUCUGAUCGCACGUGGCACGCGGGCUGCCUCCGAUGCGUCGAGUGCAGGGCCAUGCUGUCUGGGAAAUGCUUUGCGAGGAACAACCAGCUGUAUUGCACUGAUGAUUUUUUCAAGCGCUUCGGCACGAAAUGCGCGGGUUGCGGGCAGGGCAUCCCUCCAACACAGGUGGUACGGCGGGCGCAGUCACACGUCUACCAUCUCCGCUGCUUCGCCUGUGCGGCCUGUGCGAGGACCUUGAACACGGGCGAUGAGUUCUACCUCAUGGAAGACGGGAAACUCGUCUGUAAACCAGACUACGAAGCGGCUAGAGUUAAAGGCGGCGAAGGUUCUUUGGACGGCGACGCGGCGAGCAAGAGGCCGCGGACGACCAUCACGGCGAAGCAGCUGGAGACACUCAAGAGCGCGUACAGCAGCAGUCCGAAGCCAGCCAGACACGUGAGGGAGCAGCUGGCCCAUGACACUGGCCUGGAUAUGCGUGUGGUGCAAGUCUGGUUCCAGAACCGGCGAGCAAAGGAGAAGCGACUGAAGAAGGACGCCGGCCGGACAAGAUGGUCACAAUACUUCAGAUCCAUGAAAAGCGGCGGAGGGUCUCCUCGACACGACCGGCUGCUGGACAAGGAUGAGCUGAAGAUCGACCUUGACUCCUUUAGUCAUCACGAACUCAGCAACGACAGCUACAGUACAGUAGCUCUGGGGGGUGAAGAAGGUUCCCCUGCAGGAGGGGGUGCGGGGGGCGCGGGCAGAUACGCUGCCACCCCCCCGUACCUACGAGCUCAUUCCCCACCCGCGCCCCAUCACUACCACUACCCACCAGACCAUCUAGUUUAUACUAAUAUUGAUCCGAUUCUUUCGAUCUUGCAGGUCAGUGAAGGACAAGCUAUGAGCGGCGCUGGUAUAGGAGGCACCGGCGCUGGUGGAGCAUCAGAUCUGAGCAGUUCAUCAUCACCGGCCGCGGGAGGGUAUCCUGACUUCCCGCCGUCCCCCGACUCGUGGCUGGGAGAGCCGCACCACUACUCGCCGCGGGGCUUCCCCUAGCGGCGGCCACCGCCGGCGCAUGCGCAACCCGCGCCCCCGCCGCCUCCCGUACCCUACGCCCUCCCCGCACAGCCACUAGAGCUCGUUGUUAAACGUGAGCUGUGAUUUUUCAAUAGACAUUCAAUCGGUAUUAAAUAUUCUAACCUCUACCCUAGGACAAAAUCUUAAGUAAUUUAACCAGUUGAACACUGCGUGACAUUGUGUGCUGCACUACAAUCCAAAUAAAAAGUGAAAAUGGUAUCUAGUAAACUCCUGACGUUUAAUAAGUAAUUAUGACCAAUUGGAAAAUACUGUUAUCAAUUAUCAAUACCUUCUGAAGACUUUACUUAACUGUGGAGCAACUGAAAAAAUUUUCAAAGUCGAUUAUAUGUAGAAUUUUAUUCAAGUUGUAAAUAAGUCUAAGUCCUUAAUAUUAAGUUAAUGUAAGUAUAGGCUUAUGACAAUUUGUAAAUAUUUUACUAGAUCUAAAUAAGUGUGGUUUUUAAAGCACAAAUGAAAUUUUAAAGCCUUAUAAUAAUUCCAGGUACUCUGUGUAGGUAUAAUUAUAGAAAAACUACUUAUCGUAAAAAUUGUUUUUAAUUCAGUUAUAAAAUAUGUUGAUUUAAAUAAGUCAAAAUACAUGUUAAUUUAUAAAAUCACAAUAUUGUAUAUAGAAUUUAUUAAUGUGAUAAAUAUAAAUAAUUUAGUUCACUGUAAGUCCAUAGUGAUCCCACUACUUUGUGCAAAAAAAUCUAGUCGACAGAUGAAUGGUAUUAUAAAUAAUACAUACGCUAAUCUA